AUGGCGUCCCGUGCCUUUUUUCUGGCAUUUUGCGCCUUGCAGAGACACUUUAGAGUAUCAGCCGACCUCAGUAAUGACACCAGCAUUGUGAUAAAUGGCACGGAGAACAACGAGACCGGGGGCCUAGGCACGCCAAUCCGCCUCGAUGAAAGCUACCUGAAUCCCGGUGGGAGCGUGCGCUGCCCCUCCCGGUGCAGGCGAUACUUCGCUGGUGCGGGGCCCGGAGAUGGCACCAUCUGCCAGAAACAGGCAUCUGGGGUUGGCACUGCCCAGCAGAACUUUGAGCUGGGCGUGGCAUGCUAUCCAGCAUAUGGGUGUGGGAAGGACAUGAUUACUUGUGUGGAUCAGGCAUUCGAAGGCCCUAUGCCGGAUACGUCUGAUGCAGCCGCUGCAUGUGCAGAUCUUGAGUUAGUCGAUGCCGAAGACCCCUGGACAUGCGGUACAGCAGAGGAAGGCCGAGCCCCGUGUGUGAACAACACCCCAAACAACAAUGCAGGAAAGUGGCUGAAGGCAACUGGACAUCUUGCAUGUGGAUGGGGCUCCACCUACGGGCGCGUUUACCCUGGCUACAAUGGAAAUCCCACACCAGCGACAGAAUAUUUCCAGGUCUCCAGUGACUUCGAGUGUUGUGUGAAAGCCAUGUCCUUUGAAAACAGCUCCUGGGAAGAGGGUGUUGCAGCCCUUUUCUUCCAGCGAAUCGACUCGAGCUGUCGGAUUGACCGCGAGAAGAUUAUCUAUGGCAACAUGGAUGGAUCUGCGGGGCGAUCAGUAAAGUACCAGGACACGCGCUGUGGUUGGGGGCAGGAAUUCUUGAACCGCCAUGCCUCUGGAGCAGCAGGUGCUGCAAACCUACACACUGGUGGUCGCUGUGUGGUGGAUGGAGGCUUCAGCCGCCUGAGUGAGUUGUCCUCGGGCACGAACCUUCCAGGUGGGGAGAUCCAUGAUGGACAUGAGCUACCCAAUCAUCGAUGCCCUGAGCCGAAUGGGUAUCCGUUUUCACGUAACUGCAAUGUCACGGUGAAGUUCAACACGAUUGCCGAUGCAGAAGAGUGCUGUGAAAUGUGCUGUUCAAUGAGCUGGCUUCCGCACGUGGGCGGGGUCGUGGAGACCGAUGAGAAGAAUACUUUCACGAACCCCUGUGUAGCUUGGCAGAUUGUGCAUGGUCGGUGUCGCAUUUUGCGUCAGGAAUAUUUUGAUUACUGGAAUCCAGGCAUGACAGUCCAUGCCUCCUUGACCCGAGAUAGCUACCAGCCGCCCGGCAACACUGGGUGGGUGGUCCCAAAGCGUGGGUGUGGUACCUCAGAAGAGUUUUGCAAUUACUUCUCCUUCAUCUACUACCGUCAGUUCCAGGAGAGCGAAGGGGUUCCUGUGGACAUCUCCGUCUUUCAAGCCGACGGCACAAACCUCAGCAAGGAUGCUCUCUACCGCAAAGUUGUCUCGCUAAGCAUUCCUGCCAAUGUAGAGAACAUGUCAUUUGAGCUGAAUGUAAGCUCAGUGCCUUCAAGGCAUGAUCGCAGGCCUCAGCUGAUUCAGGGCAACCAGAACAGGAGCUUCACAAAUAUCACUGCAGCAAGCUUUGAUGAUGUGGUUGAUGGAUUCAACUCCAAUCUCACUCCAGUGACCCAGGAGACUGCAGGCACUGGAGACAACUGCUCUGGCACAUCUGGCACGGAUCGUCGGCUGGCAGAAGCGCUUGACAACGUGGUGAUCUCCUUUACAUCCAUCGGCACAGGCUAUGAUACUGUAGACUUCGGCGUUGUUGCAGCCUUGAAUCAAGCCCCAACUACCACGGCAACAACGACUACCCGCACCAGCAGCACGGCCACCACAGUGACGCACACAUCAAGCACACUGACACAGACAGCGACCACAGUAACACGGACGACGCGCACGUAUACUGACAUCACCAUGACCAGUAGCACCAUAACUUCCACUGAAGAGAUCCAAAAUUUGACGUUUACAAAUGAUACGUCCGCCACCGCACGCGGUGAUGGCUCGGUGUCGUCAGGUCAGUCUGCCAUACUAAGCUUAAGCUUGCACUUGCCGUUGCUCAUUCUGAUUAUGCUCAGCUUAUACAUCCCACACAGCUAG